CGUUCUCACUCCCGACGCGUAAAAUACUGACGAUUUGUCACGUCCCUUAACUUCUCAUGCUGACGCUGAAGGUACCCUUCCACGUUUUUAUGCGACACUGUGGGUUGUCAAUUCAUUCCAAUAUGAACCCGCUCUCGGCGAUCAGAGACGCUUCGAGCAGAGGCUCCAGCCAUCUAUUUACUCCAAUAAUAACCCCGUCACGGCGAAACGUGACGCCUUGAAGUACAAUCUAACUGGAGAACCGGGGACCCUCUCCACGAACGGGUUUUUCUCCCUAAUUUAAUGCUUUCUUUUAAUGACAUCGUUAACAUUUCUCAACAAAAACACAUGAAAGUAACACUGAUAAUUCAACAAUAAAAUCGCUUCAUUUUCCAAAGUGAUUCACGAUCUGAAAGUGCGCAGAUUUAACGUACAUAAUCCUUGGUUGGGUUUAUUAUUUUUAUUUCACACGUAAAACACAUUUAUAGUUUUAUUCACCACUCCUGUUAGUUUUGGAUGCGCUCGGCUCCAACCAAUCAGACGCAACCGGUGUAAGCAAAGGAUGAUGGGAGAACGGAGAGACCCGUUUAUAAGAAUAAGAAAAGGAGGUGGAAUUGAUUGAUUCAAAUGCAGAUCAGCAUCAAUGUCCACGUGAAGAACCUAGUUAUGUUGCCAGUGUCAACCCAACAAAAGGCACUUUCACAAUAUAUAAAAGAAGUGUGUGGAACUGAGGUGCUUCGUCAGGAGCUGCUUCAGUUGUUGGAGGAUGGAGAAGAGGACGCAGCCAUGACUUGUGAGAUGGCGUCUGAGUCAGCUGCUACUCACUAGGAGAUCAGAAACAUGGUGUCCUUGCAAAAGUGGAAAGAGGCCAGGCCUUGUCUUAUAGACAAUAUGUUAGCUACUCUGGAUCCACUGUCACACCGUGUGUGUCAGUGUGGCAAACAAGUAGUUGUGAGGUGUCUGGACUGCCUGCCUCUUCCAUUCCUUUGUGCUGACUGUGAUAUUGCAGUUCACACACACUUUGUCCUGCACAACAGAGAGGCAGUAACAGGAGGGUUUUUGCAGCCUUCAUCAGAGUUUCACAAGCCAAUAGUUCGGCUGUUGCCUGUGCAAAGGCCAGACCAUGUGUGUGACUGCCCAGCAGGUAACGUUGAGGUUUCACCCGGCGCAGUUGUGGCUCUUGUAACCAUAAAUGGUAAGUUGCCCUUUUGUCACACACUACAUACACAAUAGAUGUGUUUGCAGGUUUUAGUGCAAAUUGUACAUUGCUAUCAUCAUUGUUUAUUUAUAUAGCACUUUAAAAACACACAAGGCUGACCAAAGUGCUGAACAAUAGAAACAUAAUAGAUACAUCUAUAAGAAUUGCUAUCUUGUUUUGAAUUACCCUCGGCCCGCAGUAUAUGUGGGCACCUGUCAAAGGUCAUUUGGAUUUACCAGACCGCUUUGAAAACAACAUGAAAUCUUCACAACAUGAAAAAAAUGAAUGCUUUGACCCACGACUGAAUUUAUCCUUAUCCUUCCUAAAGGCUGUUAUAACCUUGCUAUGCCAGUGGUGAGCUGCACCAGCUGUGACUUAAUGUGGUCCCCCUCAGUUAAGGACAUCCUGGGUAGUGGAUAUUGGCCUGGCACCUUAAAUUUCUGCACCCUGUUUUCAAUGGAUGUCUUUCAGUCUUUCUAUGACAUUAAGAAGGCUGCACCAGGGAUGUCACUUAAGGCAUUUGUCAAAAUGCUGGAUGAAAGAACAGCCCAUUUCGGAAGGACUGGCCGAAUAUCAGCUGAUGCCUUCAGUAAAAGCUUUGUGGAGUGGAGUGCUGUUUGAGGUGGACAGGAUGUGCAAGGAGCCAUGCGUUAGCUGCCCUGCCUGCACUCCAGACGUGCUUGCCGUCUCAGUUGAUGGAAACUGUAAGCUUUAUCGCUUUCAAUCUAAUGCAAGCACUUCAGAGCAGGCGAACUUUGAAGGUGUCUUCAUUGAAAAAGAUGAGGAAGUUGCUGAGUUUGUGAAAUACAUCCAGAGACACACAAAUGAUGUGGCUCAGCUGAGGAACCUCUUGUCAAUGCGUCCUUUUCUCUCCGUCAUGCAUGCAAAGGCUCACAUUUGGAAAUGCGAGAUCAAAUGGGGAGGUGCGUUUCAGAAUGGGGCCGGUUCAACAGUUGGAGAAGAGGUGGGACAAGUAAACAGUUUCCUGUCUAGGGCGGCCAUCACAAUGAAGUACAUGUCUAAAGCAGGGCGAACAGACAUGCUGACCCUCCUGGCUUUGGGGUGGACCAAAAGGAAAGUGGAACAACUGGGCCGCAGUUUGAGCCAGAGAUAUCUCAAGAUCAUAAGGAUCCUUAGAGAACAAAUGGAGAGCCUGAAUGCGACCAAAAAUGAGCUGGGUGUGGAUGACGACACACUGCAGCAAUGGGUGGCCGAUGUGCAGAAAUGGGCUGAAGAUAGCAACAAGAGGCGACACAGAAUUCGCAAGGUCAUCUUAGAUGAGAAGAAACGCUUGGCGGCUGCUGUUGACGACUACAACAAGCUUGCUGAACCAACAAAGCAAAUCGUAUCCAGUGAUGGCCUCAUCCAGACCGACAUUUGGCUCUGGCAGAGCACAAGUGAACCUGCUGCAGACCUCCAGACAAAGAGAAAGGUCUUUGAGAAGGUGAUGGCUGUGAGGCGCCUGAGAGAGGAGGAGAUGAUCCUUUGCAGGGAGAUGCGGCAUCACUGGACAGUGUUGCGAAUGCGAUCUGUGGUGUUGGGGACAAUCUCCUCAGACUCCUCCCUUGUUGGCAUGUCGGAGGAUGCACAAAAGGGACUCCGUAGCCUGGUUUAAAAAAACAAAGUGAACUGAAAGCUGAAAUGCUCAAAAUAAAGGACACGUACAAGAGAAUCCUCAGCCACCAACCACUCCUGGAAAUGGACUCGGAGGAGGAGGAGGACAUUCCAGACGAUGCCACUGAGAGUGAUUUGAGCACUUCUGAUGAAGACUGAUUGUGUCAUCAUUGAUGUUAUUUUUGGUAAAAUAAAAAGUUAAUCACA